AUGGAUGUUUAUCGACAAGCAAGUGAAAUUGUGCGGGCUGUGCGUGAAGGAACCGGCACUGCCAAAGCGCUGUGUUUGCGUAAGGAAAUGCAGAAGAAGCGCCAAACGUACGCUGUUGUGUGCGAGACUCUGCGGCAUUAUGACCUUCUCCAGGAUGUCCUCGAGCAAGCAGAAUUCUUUCAAUAUUACCCACGGGCCAAUAGAGAUUUUGCGAUUUGCAUGGCUUAUGACGCUGUGCUUGGAAAGGGAGUCAACACCAACCGUGAUACGACCGCGCAGGCUAUUCAAAAGUCGGUGUCCUAUCUUCAGGAGGCAUACGAACGUGUGAAGAAGCACCAUGUUAUUCCCCCACGCGCCGGGGAGCUAUUGACAGACGAGGAAGCUGGCCCCUGUGCACGCACCGGCGAUCAUAAUAAUGAUGGGGGAAGGGUCAAACACAACGGUGUUGAUGGCGGCUCGCUUGGGAAACAUUUUGUUUCUGAUGGUGAAGGUGCCGGUGACAACACCCAGGGACUGGGUUGUCUGAUUCCGCGUUAUGCGCGAGUGAACACGCUGAAGAUUGAUGUGGACAGCCUGGUGGAACGUCUUCGCCGUGCCUCCGCGAAACGCGAGCGUAACAAUACGGAAAACUGUACAGGAAACGAUCAUAGUAGGCGCGAUCAUCGACAUCGUGCAGCUGGAAUUCGUGUACUGCCACCCUUUACCUUGGAUCCUGUUGUACCGUCACUGCUAGUUUUCCCACCAGGUACCGAUCUACACGCCCAUCCGGCCGUUCGAAGUGGACAACUUGUGCUACAGGACCGUGCAUCGUGUCUUCCUGUUUGUGUGCUCCUUAAUGCCGUGGAGGUUAUCACGUCCUUCUCUGCUUCUGGAGAAGGUGAAGGUGAUAGCAAACCGGCUGAACCAUUGGAAUAUGUUGUUGACGCCUGUGCGGCUCCUGGGAAUAAGACAACUCAGCUGGCAGCCCUGGGUGCGCCUCAUGUGAAGAUAAUGGCGAUUGAACGUGACGACAAGCGAGCUGAGUUGUUGAGGCAUCGCGUGCAGAGCUUGGGGGCCGCUGAUUACACAAACGUGGUUAAUAUGGACUUUCUGAAGAUGGCACAAGACGAUCGUGAGGUGACGGAAGGAAUUUUGCUGGACCCAAGUUGCAGUGCCAGUGGCGUGCUGACAAGAGUGGAUGUGGCCCUUUUGCGGAAGCAAUGCGUUGCUGUGGAUGGCAGCGGUAUCUACACUAACGAUGUUGUUCGUCAAGAAACUGCUGAGGAAGGGGUGAGCGAGACCGCUGUUGGUGGGGAAGUGGGCACCAUAACUGCAGAGGCUCAAGGAGUCGGGUUUGCAAGCAACAUGGAGCGCGUGAUGGGCCUUGCCCGGCUUCAGCGCAAAUUACUUGCCCACUCACUUCUUUCCUUUGACAAUUGUCGCACGGUUGUGUACUCCACAUGCUCAGUGCAUGAGGCAGAAAACGAGGAGGUAGUGCGGCAGGUUCUACAGGACGAGCGGGUACAGGCUCGUGGGUGGGCACUUAGCAACAUCAUGCCGACGACGUGGCGGACGCGUGGGUGGAGGAACGACAGUGAUACGUUUCCACUUGAGUACACCAUUCGGUGUGACCCCGAAGUGGACGCAACCAAUGGUUUUUUUGUCGCUCGUUUCGACCGUGUUGUGGCGACGCCGCAGAAGAGGUCGAAGAAGAAGCGGUGA